AUGUCUAAUGCAUAUAAAUAUUUCUGGGGGGUACUUUCGGUGUUCCUUAUCCUUGCUAGUUCCGUCUCAGCUUCAAAAGGAACACUAAAGAUUCGUGCGGACUCCUCAAACAUAACCGAACAAAACAGUAACGCAAUCGCUGGCUGCAGCAGUUCUAAUGAUUUUGAUGAAUCUACUUAUAACUUUGGAUUUCACCUUGGUGCUUUAUUCAUCAUUCUGGCGACAAGUUCCUUCGGAGCGUUUCUGCCGGUCUUCUCGAAAAAAUACCCAAGGUUCAAGCUUCCUCAGGCAGUUUUCUUUUUUACAAAGAAUUUUGGUUCCGGUGUAAUUCUUGCCACCGCAUUUAUUCACAUGCUUCCGUCAGCAUUUGAUAGUUUAACAAAUCCAUGCUUGUCAUCAGUAUGGAGUAACUAUAAUGCUUGGCCAGGAGCUAUUGCAAUGAUGUCUGCAUUAUUUAUAUUUUUUUUGGAAUACUUCGCCGUAAAAUUACAAUCCAAGAAAGAUAUGCACCCUACAGACGCGAUGCAAAACAUCAUAAUUUCUUCGGAAUUAAAAUCAGAAACUGGAAAUCAUCAUUGCCGUCAUGGAAGCUUCAUUUUUCUUACGAACGAGGCACAAAUCCUAGGCAUUAUUAUUCUGGAAAUUGGUAUUUGUUUUCAUUCAGUAAUAAUCGGGAUCGCUUUAUCAGUUGAAGACGGAUCUACUUUUGUAUCGCUACUGAUAGCCUUGGUAUUCCAUCAGUUAUUUGAAGGCCUGGGACUUGGUUCACGAAUAGCAGAGCUAGAAUAUGAUAAAGGAAGUUAUAAGCCUUGGCUAAUGUCGUUGACUUAUGGAAUUACCACCCCAUUGGGAAUUGCUAUUGGUCUGGGAGUCCGCCGAACAUAUUAUAAAGGGUCCGAGACCGCGCUCAUCACACAAGGAGUACUCGACUCUGUUUCGGCUGGUAUUCUAUUGUAUGUUGCGCUAGUGGAAUUGAUUGCAAAUGACUUUAUAUAUGAUGAAGCUUUUCGAAAGAAAAGUAACUUGGUACAAAUUUCAGCUUUCAUUUGUCUCACAAUGGGAGCUGGUGCUAUGGCAUUGAUUGGAAAAUGGGCAUAA